UGGCUACUGGUCAAAACACCAAACAAAAUUCGGACUCAUGAUGCAUGGCUGUUUACCAUGAAAAUUAUCCCACAGUUUACGAAAGAAAAGCAGGUGCGCAUAAUCAAAUGGAUGGCUCCUCCAACGGGCAGGCUCAAGCUUAAUGUGGAUGCAUCAUUCACUAUAUCUAACCAACGAGGGGCAGCCAUAUUGCGGGAUGAGAAUGGAAGAUUUGUUAGGGCAGCUACUUUUAGUCUGGCAUCACGCACUCCCUUUCAAGCAGAAGUUGCGGCUGGAAUCGAGGCGAUCAGCUGGGCACUCAAGGUACACUCCAGACUUAUCUAUGAGACAGGUGCCCUAGACAUCAUCAGGCACUUAAGCACAUACUCUACUCCCGAUGGAUCCCUGUUUGGAAUCGAUGUCUUACGUAAAAUCAUUGAAGAUAAUCAGAUUGGCACUUCACACAUUCUACGGGAAGGCAACCGGGCUGCAGAUCUCCUAGCCAAAGAGGAUAAAACACAGGAUGCCAAAUUCAUUGAAUAUUGUACCCUUACUUCCUGUACCCCAAAUGUAAUUGCUGCUCUGAAAAAUGAACAUGAUUUGAAUGCAAUCUUUGGAGCGGUUGACAGAAACCAGUUCCGUCUUAUCUCAAACUGCACGGAGGCCAAGAGAGCUUGGGAUAUUUUGCUUAUUACUCAUGAAGGCACUACAACAGUCAAGACUGCCAAACUUCAGAUCGUGAUGUCCAAAAUUGAAAAUCUUAAGAUGGAGGAUGCUGAGUCUAUCACAAAUUUUCAUGGGCGGGUUAGAGAGUUGGCAAAUGAGGCUGAAAGGCUUGGUGAACAAAUUACAGAAAACAAGCUGGUGUUGAAAGUGCUACGUUCUCUUCCAGAAAAAUACUCUAUGGAUGUUAAAGCUAUUAGACAAACACAAUCUCUCAAUGUUAUGUCACUUGACGAGCUGAUGGGGAACUUAGAAACCAUUGAGUUGGAGAUGCAUGAAGAUCUGCGACGUAAAAAUGUUGACGGUGACUCUGAUAGUGACGUGGAUCCAAAAGAGAUGCUUAUAAUUGUUGAAGAAAAAUUUCAAGAGUCUCUACAGGUCAAUAAGAAAAAAUGUUUGGAAAAUGAGAGCCUCAAACAUGAACUUGCUGAAUCAAAACGCGGUGUGGAACAACUCAUCAAAGAGUUACAGAGAUACAAAGAACUUGUUCAAGCCAAUGAGAAAACUGUCCUGGAGAAUCAUCAGCUUGUUGCCGAGCGCAAUAGACUAAAGGAGAGUAUUUCAGAACUAGAAAAGAAGAUUGAAGACUUAGAAGGGCAAAAAUCAGAUCUCAAGUAUGAAUUAAAUCAACUCAAAAACUUUCACAAGUGGAUGAAAAGUGCUGGAGGAAAAGCUAUUGAGGAACAAGUGAACAUUUCAAAAUUUUAUGGAGACAAGACGGGUCUCGGAUUUUCAGGUUCCGAAAGCAAUAAGACCCCACUUGACUUGUUUGUUGAUCGAAGAAAGGAAAUUGCUCAAAAAGUCCCACAAGGAAGGAAAACAGAAGCUGCUGCAUCUGCUGGAACAUCUUCUGCCAAACCCGCUGAAGCAUCUCAUGAAGCUUCUGCUGGAACAAUUUAUGCAGCACCCUAUGCAAAAAGGCAAAGAGUUGUGACACAAUCUAGUAUGAGAAGACAUAAGGAUCAUUAUGCUAAACCUGAAAGGACCGUAACGCCGGCGGAAAUAAGCGGCAGGAUCGAAGAAUCGAAGAAGUUCACGAAGGAGGAGAGGAGGGUGACGAUCGAAGAAGGCCGGCGAAGGAGAGGCGACGACAAACGGAGGCGCGAAGAUUGGGAGGAGGAGAAAACGAUGGAGAAUGGCGACGAGGGAUGGCGAUGGUGGCGGAGGUUUUACAGGAAGCCUAGAAACCCGGGACUGAAGAAGUUGAAGAGAUUUGGGGAUUGGAAUGAAGGGUAGGGAUGAAGAACUGAACUUUUCAAUUGUGAAAGAAUUGAACCAUACUUUAUUUCAGAAUGAGUAUUUCCUUAUUUGAGAAUGAGUAUUGUUUUUUUAAGAAUGAACACUACGCUAUUUAUUAUAAUUAUAUUAGACAAAUGUGUAAAAAUGAGUAUUUCUUUAUUUUAAAAUGAAUACUACCUUAUUUC